GUCUCCGCCCUAGGUAAUAGCUAGCUACGUAAGCAAUUUCUCUUCCUCUUUCAAUUCACUUUUACACUAAACUAGUUUUUUCUUCUUCUUCUUCUUCUUUUCUAUUACUCUAUUUAUUUUAUUUUUAAAUUCUACCAUGCACCGUUUCCUUUCUUUCUUAUAUCAGUAAGCAAACUCGUACUGUGCCCCAAACGUUUGCAAAUGCUGCCAUGAACUACCCUUUUUCGAAAAUUGACCUAAGUUUUAAUCUGUUACGCACUCUUGAUGUAUAUAAUAGCUUUGUAAUUGUAUUGUUCGGCUUUGAGGGUUUGGAAUUUACACAUCUCUCUCUCUCUUUCUAGAACUGUUGGGUUUGCAGUUUGCUCUCAUCCAUUCUACGAUUUUAUUCUAGUUUUUUUUUUUAAAUUUAAUUAUUAGUUAAUAUCUUUGAUUAUGAAACUUCAUUUUUCCAUUUUUUAUUUGUUUAUUGUUGUUAAAAAUGGUCUGUGAAAUUGAUUCUGAUUCAUGAAUCGGAUGUGAGUUUGCGUUAAUCCAGGGAUUCAUUCAUUCAUUUUGGUCAAGGGUGGGUCAUCUUUCUCACAUACACAUUGCUGGCUGUUUAUAGUUAUUGGUUUACCCAUUUUGUGCAUGUGCAUGCAAGGGGAUUUUCCCGAGUGUUGCCACGUUUUUUGUAGUUGGAAUCUCUGAUUGCAUGUUAGUAGUUUCUGAUUUGCGUUACAGUCCCCUUAUCCCUCUUGUGUUAUGAAGUUUGUAUUCUUGAAAAUCUGAAGUCUUGUGAUUAUUAUUAUCACUGAACAAGUUUGGAUUGGAAUUUGAUGUUUAAACGUGUCUAAGAUUGCCAUAAUCUGCAUGUGGCGCUGUAUUUACUGAUAUUAUCUUCUCUGAGUUCUCAGUUAAUGGUUAGCUAUCUAGUUUGGGAAUUUGUUUUAAUGGCUUCAUAACUUACACUGCACUAUCUAUGUGAUGUGAGUCAUGUUUUCACAAGUUAGAUAUUUGGAUAAGAGGAAUGACAUACAAUUUAACACACUCUUUCAAAAACAUUGUCAAUUAUUGGUUUAAAUUAAUUCAAAAUUACAAAAAUCAUGUGGCCCCGCUCAUAAUAUAAUGAUUAUCACUCAUUUUUUGUAGUUUCCUACGAAUUUCAUCCAAUAAUUGAGAUUUGAGAGCAUGUUAGAAAGAAUGUGUUCCUAGCACUCUUCUGUUUGGAUAGUUAGACUUUAACAAAUCAAUGGGAUUUUGAGGACCUCAAUGGUAUCGUUAGACGGCCACAUUAUUUUAUUUCUCGUUAUGAUGAUUGGAUUUUUAUGCUUUUUUAUUAAGAUGUUCUCAUUGAUUUUGAAAAUUAGGGUUUCUCCAAUGGAGGAUACCCCAGAAAUUGAGGCGAAGUCACAUGAAGAAGUGAUUUUGGACAAAACAGCUGAGAAGAAGCAGGAAACGCUUGAUGAAGUUCUUUCACGACACAGGAAAGAGAUAUCACAGCUGCAGAAAAAGGAAGUUGAGAUGAAAAAGGCUGCAGCUCGAGGUAGCAAGGCUGAGCAGAAAGCUAAGAAGAAGCAAGUGGAGGAAGAGGUUUCCCAACUUUCUGCUAAGCUUAAGGAGAAACAAGCCAAAGAACUGGCUGCCUUAGGCUAUAACAGUGGCAAUGGAAACGAAAAGAGCAAUUUGGACAGUUUGGUGAAGGCCAUAGCUGGAGUAUCUGUUACUAGUCAACCUGAGCAUACAAAGGUCAGCAAGGCAAAACAGAGGCGAGACAAGAAAGCUCAACAAGAAGUAGAAAGGGAGCAGAGAAUCCAAGCAGAGCAGAGUGACAUUAUAAGCGAUCGAGAAAUUGAAAAUGAGAAAUUGGAAAGGAAAUUGAAGCCUCUAGGUUUGACUGUUUGUGAAAUAAAGCCUGAUGGGCACUGCCUCUAUAGAGCUGUUGAGGAUCAGCUGGCCCUCCUCUCCGGGGGUAGUUCUCCUUAUACAUACCAAGAACUCCGAGAAAUGGUGGCCACAUACAUGAGAAAGCAUACAUCUGAUUUCCUUCCAUUUUUCCUGUCAGAGAAUUUGAUUGGAAGUGAUUCUGAUGAAUCACCUGCUCAGAAGUUUGAAAAUUAUUGUAAAGAAGUGGAGUCCACGGCAAUAUGGGGAGGACAACUAGAGCUUGGUGCCUUGACUCAUUGCCUGAAGAAGCAUAUUAUGAUAUUUUCAGGGUCCUUCCCAGAUGUGGAGAUGGGCAAAGAGUAUAAACCUGAUGAUGGCACUAGCUUGUCUAAUUCGAGUAUCAUGCUUUCUUACCAUAAGCAUGCUUUUGGGCUAGGAGAGCAUUAUAAUUCUCUGGUCCCAACAUGAUCAAUUGGGCAUAUAUAUCAUCAUCAUAGGGAUGCUUAUCAUGUCUUUGUAGCAUUUUUCUUUACAGCCAGGCAUUUGGCUUUAAAUCUCUAGAAACUGAAGUUGUGAUUUUGAAGUGGUUAUAACUGUACAUUUCAUUACUGUAAUUUGUAUUUUCUAGAUGAUUACGUUGAUCACCAUGUAAAUGCUCUCCUGGCAUCUACCUGAUUUUGAGCGUUUUAGUAAUCUUCAAAUGAGAUGAGAUUUGAAUAACCUGGUUAAC